GUUCUAUAGCAGCUCCCUUUGUCUGUUUGCUCAGCUUUUGCGCAAAGGAAAUCAAAAAUACCCCGAGUGCAGGAGCUCAGCUUCAGUGCUAAAAAACUAAAUCUAAAAAGAAAACUACAUUAUAUUUUGCAGGAAGCUAGUGCAAAGGUGACGAACGUUGUAAUCAGUGAGACGUUUUUAACAAUUCUGGAAGAAUUUUGCGUUGCCCUUUUUUUUUUUUUUUUGGACUGGACUUUUGAAGUUGUUUGCGCCAAGAGAUGACCAUGUGUUUUCAGAGGUCUUUGUUAUCUUAACCGCAAAUGAAGAUCCAUCUGACUGGUUUAUGUUCUCACUAAUGGCUUCACUAUUGGAGAGAAUGUCUGGAACUACAAACGACAUGUGCUAAAGAAAAGUUUGCGCCUCUACGAUUGGACUACAAAGUUUUUUUUUUUUUACUUUCAUAAGUUUUAAACUCUAGAAAUUAACAGCCAGAACCAAAACACUGCAUUCCUAAGUUGGAAAUGGAUGUUUUUGUCUUGGAAGAGGAAGUUAGGUGACUUUCCAAGUGUCCUCAUCAACAGUCUUCUUUCUUUGAGGUGUGUCUCCAGAAAACCAAGACCAUAUUCCAAAACUCUUUACAUUUAAACGUGUUUAUCACAGUGCGUUUAGAUCAGUGAGGGCAUAAAUAGACUGUUUUUGUUACAGACUUCUAACUAUUAGGGAAUUUAAUGCUCUACAAGAAGAAGAUGGAUUGUUGGUCGGCCAUUUUGGUGCUCAAAUGCUUGUGGUCAACAGCGAAUGUCUGGAGUAUAAAGAAGGCCUGGAUAUUGAUUUCCUAACAUCUCUAAGCACGACGUGAAUGGUAACAGGACAGUGCCACCGUUCCCAGAGGGAUUGCAGAUGGUCUUAUUCGGUAUGGGCUGUUUCUGGGGAGCGGAGAGGAAGUUCUGGAUGCAAAAGGGGGUCUAUUCCACUCAAGUGGGCUACUCUGGCGGUUACACCCCAAACCCUACCUAUGAGGAGGUGUGCACAGGUAAAACAGGACACGCAGAGGUGGUUCGCGUGGUCUAUGAGCCUGAGAAAAUCAACUUUGCACAGUUGCUCAAGGUAUUCUGGGAAAACCAUGAUCCCACACAAGGAAUGCGCCAGGGCAAUGAUGUUGGAACAACCUAUCGAUCAUCCAUCUAUGCAUACACACAGGAACAACUCACACAGGCAUUGAGCUCCAAGGACGAAUAUCAGAAGGUGCUGACUGAAGAGGGUUUCGGAGCCAUCACCACAGAAAUAACAAUGACCAAGGAGUUCUACUAUGCAGAAGACUAUCACCAGCAGUACCUCAGCAAGAACCCCAAUGGCUACUGCGGGCUGGGCGGCACCGGGGUGUCCUGUCCAAUAGGGCUGAAGAGUAAAAAUUAACACCCUUCUCCUGUCCUGUGAUUGGACAAACUUAUAUUAACAUGCCUUAACUGAAGCAAUCACCACUGCAAUACCCAGGCCUAUAUGUCAUUGUUGGAUAUAAAUAAAAUGCAACUGCUUUA